AUGGCUUAUCGUUCAAAAAUUUUACCACCUAGAAUCACUAAACAAGAACAAGAAUUACAUAUAUUCACAAAUCCACUUGAAAAUGCUCGAUUAUAUUUACUUGCGCAUAGUGAUUAUCAAGCUCCAUUAACUGCACAAUCACUUGCAAAAAAUUCAAAAUGGAUUGUAGUACGAAAUAAUAUACAUAAAAUUCGUAGUUGGCGUGCAGUUGAUAUAUCGAAUGUUGAUGAAAGAUUACGUGAUUGGUAUAUAUUCUUUCAAAUAAGACGUGAAUUACGACGUGCAUAUAAAGAUAUCAAACAAAUUGAACUUCGAUCUGAUUUUAAAGCUGUUAAUCAUUUUGAUUUACCUGUUGAUCCAAGACAUAGUCAACGUUUUGAUGUAAGACAUGUCCGACCAACGGAUAUGCUCUACUAUCCAAGUCUUGAUCGUGAGCCUCUCGUUUUACAAUCAUUACUUUAUUAUUUUUCGAAAGAAUGUGCUGUGCCAUAUGAAAGUGUAUUUCGAACAUUUUUAUCUAAUGUUUGUUUAAUUAUACAUCGAGAUCAACAACGUCUUCGUCGAGAAGCUGUUUUUCGUAAAGUAGCAUUAGUUUUAACAAUAAUUGCUUUCGUUAUUCUCGGUCUUAUGUUAAUUUCAUUGGUUGUUAGUGUAUUGGGAACCACAUCAAAUUUAAAAAGCAUGUACAGUAAUGAUCCUGAUGGAGGCAUUGAAUGGAGGGAACCUAAAACAAUUUUAGAGACAGGUUUUGGGACAACUUCAAAUUAUAGGUAG